AUGGCUACUCCGGUCGAGAAUCGCUCUUCUGCCUCCAUGGAGAUCCAGGGCAACCACCAGAUUACCACUACUGUCAAGAGCGAUGAGCCCAUCGACCAAAUGAAACCCGAGAAGAGCCUGAUCUCGGCCGUGUACGGUCUCAGCAUUGGCGACGAGGAUCCCACUCCCGACGACCUCGAUGGACCCAAUGCGCUGCGCCGGGUUUCGGCUCCUAUUCCCUGGGCAGUCUACACUGUCGCCUUUGUUGAGCUGUGCGAGCGCUUCUCUUACUAUGGCACCCAGGUCUUGUACUCCAACUUUGUGAACCACUCGCUGCCUCUCCCGGCCCCCUACGGACCGCUUGGUUCCAACCACAACACUGGUGCAGGUGGUGGGAGCUCUCAGGGGGUCUCGGGAGCACUGGGCAAAGGUGUUGAAACUGCCAACGGAGUCAACACUUUCAACACCUUCUGGUGUUACUGUGUCCCGCUGUUCAGUGCCUACAUUGCCGACGAGUACUGGGGCCGAUACAAAACUAUCUGCUGGUCAAUCGCUGCUGCAAUUCUCGGCCAUAUCAUCCUCGUCAUCUCGGCCAUCCCGCCGGUCAUCACGGACAACACUGCUUGCUUUGCCGUUUUCAUGCUGGGUGUUAUCAUCAUGGGUCUGGGUACGGGCGGCUUCAAGCCCAACAUCUCUGCGCUGGUGGUCGAACAAAUCCCUGCCGUCAACCUCAAAGUCCGCACUCUCCCCUCAGGCGAGCGCGUGGUCAUCGACCCGACCAUUACCCAGAGCCGCAUCUACCACUACUUUUACAUGUUCAUCAACAUCGGCGCGCUGAUCGGGCAGAUUGGCAUGGCCUAUGCAGAGAAGUAUGUUGGGUUCUGGCUCGCCUAUCUGCUGCCGACCAUUAUGUUCUGCACCACCCCGUUCGUGAUGUGGUGGGGACGCAAGCGAUACCGCCAGGCCCCUCCGACGGGCUCAGUGACCAACAAGGCAGUCAAGACUCUUUUCUUUGCCAUGCGUGGCCGCUGGCACUGGAAUCCCUUCACCAUGUGGAAGCGCACGCACGACGGCACGUUGUGGGAGUCGGCCAAGCCCUCCAACAUCGAUCCACAGUAUCGACCCAAGUGGAUGACCUUUGACGACGCCUGGGUCAACGAAGUGCGCCGAGGCUUUGCGGCAUGUGCGGUGUUCUGCUGGUACCCACUGUAUUGGCUGGCAUACGGCCAGCUCACCAACAACUUCACGGCACAGGCUGGCACGAUGACGCUGAACGGAGCUCCCAACGACGUGAUCAACAACCUGGAUCCCUUCGCGCUAAUCAUCUUCAUUCCCAUUUGCGACACACUGUUGUACCCAGGCCUGCGGAAGAUGGGCGUGAAAUUCACCGCGAUCAAGAAGAUCACCGUGGGCUUCUGGCUGGCGGCCAUGGCCAUGGUCUGGGCUGCCGUGGUGCAGUACUACAUCUACAAGACCUCGCCAUGCGGCUCUGAAGCCAACAACUGUUUUCUGGAAGAUGGCAGCGUCAACCCGGCCCCACUCAAUGUCUGGAUCCAGACGGGCUGCUACGUGCUGGUCGCCUUCUCGGAGAUCUUCGCUUCGAUUACUUCGCUCGAGUAUGCGUACUCCAAGGCCCCGCGCAACAUGCGCUCGCUGAUCCAGGCCAUCGCACUGUUUACCAAUGCCAUCUCCGCUGCCAUUGCCGAGGCCCUGAAUCCGCUGUCCAAGGACCCGCUGCUCAUCUGGAACUACGGCGUGUUCGCCGUCCUUGCCUUUGCUGGGGGCUGGGGCUUCAUCCUGCAGUUCUGGAAGCUGGAUCUUGAGGAGGACGAGCUCAACAACUUGCCCGAGGGUCAGGUGGUGGCCAACGAGAAGUCUGCCGAAGGGAUGAUUGUGGCCGCCGAGGUUGGGCCAGUCAAGGGAUGA